UCGAAUCAAUCGAUUCGAUGACAUCCUCGAUCAAUAGUUUCAUUGACCGAUUGAUUGAUUGAUUGAUUGGUUGAUCAGACCAAAGACAAGAAAAAAAAAAAACCGGGUGGAGGUGGGGGAGGAGGAAGAAGAAGAGGGCGAGGAGGAGGAGGAGGAACAGUAAGAGGAGAAGGACGGCGGGGAGGAGUAUGAGGAUGAUGAAGAAAAAGGAGGGGGAAGAAGAGGUGGAGGAACAGGAGACUGCAGCGACGGAGGAGGAGGGAGAGGAGGAGGAACAAGAAGACGAAGAGGAGGAGGAGAAGCAAGAAGAAGAAGAGGAGGAGGAGAGUGAGGAGGAGAAUGACGAUGCGCAGAAGGAAGAGUACCAAACGGACGAUGAGAAGGAGGAGGCCACGGCGAUGGAAGAGGAGGAGGAGGAGGAGGAGGAGGAGGAGGAAGUAGAGGAGAAAGAAGUAGAAGAGGAGGAGGAGGACGACGAGGAGAGGAAAGAGGAGCAAGAAGAAAAAGAGGAGGAAGAGGAAGAGGAGGGGGAGGAGGAGGAGGAGGAGGAAGAAGAGGAGGAGGAGGAAGAGGAGGAGGAGGAAGAGGACGAGGAGGAAGACGACGACGGCGACGAGGAGGAAGAAGAAGAAGAGGAGGAGGAGGAGGAAAACAAGGAGGAGGAGGAGGAAAAUGAGGAGGAGGAGGUGGAGGAGGUGGAGGAGGAGGAGGUGGAAGAAGAGGAGGAGGAAGAGGAGGAGGAGGAAGAGGAGGAGGAGGAGAACGACGACGACGAGGAGGACGACAACGAGAGGAUGACGACGAGGAGGAAGAAGAAGAGGAGGAGGAGGAGGAGAACAAGGACGAGGACGAGGAGGAGGAGGAGGAGGAGAAGGAGGAGGAAGAGGAGGAGGACGAAGAGGAGGAGGAGGAAGAAGAGGAGGAGGUGGAAGGGGAGAAGGACAAAGAGGAGGAGGAGGAGAAGGAGGAGGCGGAAGAAUAGGAUAAGGAGGAAAAGGAGGAGGAGACGGAGAAGGAGGAGGAGGAGGAGGAGGUGGACGAAGGGAAGUUGGCUCACCUGGCGUGGGCUGGCGAUGGCGCAUGGGGUUGCGGUCGUCGACAUCGGAGGCAUUAGUGCGUCCUCAUCACCAGGGGAUCAUGGAGACAGGGACGAGCGAUGCACGCCCCCCUUGUCGGGUGAUAUGCGGCCUCAACAUGGUCCAACUCCCCUGUUGCAAGGCGGGGGAGAAGAAUCACGUCUGGCGGUAGUGAAUGUUCGCGGAGGACAAGAAGAACGGGUGGUGGAGAGUGCCAAUGACGUGGACAUAGGUGACGAGGCUACACAGGUGGAGGGAGGCAGUGCACCUGCGAAGAGGAGAACUUGGCCAUGGCCGCUGAAGGAGCACCUCAAUCUGGCGAGGUUCAUGAAGCAGGAUGGUGCGAUAAUGACAAUGGUGUUUGGUCGACUGAAGCACGUGAGAAGGGAGGGAAUCCCCACGAAGUUCGAGCAGCCGUUGUGGGAGGAGAUGGAGUGGGCACAUCGAAAACCGUUUGGCGCCUGUGACAACACCGAGGCAUCGUUAAACUUGCAGGGUGCUGAAAGCGGUGUUUCCGAUAAGGAAACACCCCCUGGCCAUGACUCUUUAGAAGGCGGUAGCCGAAGUGGUGCGAGUACAAAAGAAUUGGACGGCUUGUGGAAGAAACGGUGUGGGCCAACGGGAAAAGAGUGCGUUGAUGACCGCCCACCCGUGCUCACUAUGGAGAGGGCUCUGCUCAAAUCCAGCAUCAUGAUGGCGGUACAUGAAGGGAUGGAAAAGGCGACAGGUACUCUUGCCCAGGCAAGUACAGAGCGUGCAAAGCCGGUGGUGACCCAGGUCGGCGUUGUGGCAAGUGCCAUAAAGGAGGGAAACGUUGUGCUGAAGUUGUUGGUCGGCGUCAUGGCUGACCGCCGAGGAGCGGGGACCAGAAUGCGGGGAGGAGACCAUGGGGACACCAGCCCCUCCAACUGCUGAAAUGUGUGUGCAUGACGACAACAUCACAUGCUAGACAAAAUAAUUGGUCGAAGAUAUAAAAUACAAACAAAGAUUUAAAAACAAAAACACAAAACAAGA